UUCACUAAAUUACGUAUUUGUUCACAGAGCUGGCCGAGGACCCGGUAAGCGUGCAAGAAAUCGGAGAAAUAUGGCGUGAACUGGUUAAGCAUCGAGUGGCAUUAGUCUGCUACCGCGAAGGUUCUGAUGAGAUCGCCGGUCUCAACAUGACAUUUGUUUCCUGCAAGGAUGACAAAAAGGAUUACGCUCCCAAAGGCGACCGCUGGCAGGACGUAUUCGAUGCGGUGAUGUAUUUCUCCACCAAGAGCAACGUGUUCGAACGGUACCAGGUGGACGAAUAUCUGUCGGCGAUGGGACUCUCCGUUAUGCCCAAGUACCGUGGCCGAGGUCUGGCGACGGAAAUUCUCCGGGCACGGAUCCCGCUGUGCAAAGCCGUGGGACUGAAACUGACUUCGACGGUGUUCACGGCCAUUGGCUCGCAAAUCCCGGCCGCCAAGGUGGGCUUCGAGGAAACAUUUGUUAUGGAGUACGAAGAGCUGGUGAAGAUGAACUCGAGAUUCGAGUUUCCCGGGAUUCCGGGAAAAUAUUGUAAGAGUAUGAGUUUAAAAAUUGAUUAAAAAGUG